AUGCCACGGCCGAGCCGUCCAGCACUCGUGCUGAUCACGGUAGCCCUACUCGUCGCGCUUCAUUUCAUAUUCAUAUCGCCCUCCGACACCCACGGAUCUUCCUCCUCCAAGGCCGCGGGUCGGCCUGUUCCCCGACCCCGGAAACCUUUCGUCCCAUCUCCACCGAAGACCAAGGCCAAGGGACGCAAAUCUGCUUCGCCAAAAACGGCAGUGACGGAGGAUGGACUGGAUAUCGACAUCCGGGGUCUGACAGCAUAUGAUGGGACGGGCGAGAAGCACCCUGUCGAGCUGUUAAUUGAGCGCGGGAGGCGCCUGGCCAAGGCGGUCGAGGCGAGGAUAAGAGAGGUCGCGUCGGUGGAGGACAGUGCGGACGAGUAUGAGCGGACCUUCGGUUUAAAGCCGCCCAAGGGAUUUGAGACAUGGUACAAAUUCACUCAGAUCUCGCCUGAACCACAUCCACCGCCCGUUCCUCCACUUAUACCGUUCGCACAUACUCCCUUCGAUGCGUAUCUAUCAAUACCGGCCAGUACACUCCGCGAGCGGGUAUCCGGGCUGCGGGAAAAGGAGGGGUUCUUCACACUCCAAUUUGUUCCGGACGGGACAGGUGACCAGGGCACGUCAUGCGACAAGGGUGAUGAGUGGUCGUUCCAGGACGUUGCAGAGCGUGGGAAGGGCAGAGUCAAGGUAGCUGGAGUUGGGGCGUGGUCGUGGCGCUGCAAUAAUACUCUCAACCUUAUCCUACCCAUUCUACCGUACAUGCCCAAAGAGCUCUUCACCAUGAAGCCACCCUUCGAGGUCGCCUUCUCCCUCGCCGACGGACCGAGCUCGAUGAUACAUAACUCCUUCAAGGUCCGGAGUGAGGCCCUGGGCAGAUCAUUGAAGGAAUGGCCGAAGGCGCAGCUACACAAGGCGGAGCAGGCGAUGCGAUGGACAUGGGGAUGGCAAUGGGCAUGUCCGGAAGGCGCACCGCUCAAGAAGUCCAAUACCGACAUCGUACUCAAUGACCUCGGCUCUGUUGCUAGUCUCAGCGGCGGAGACCAGGCCGUAUUCGCUGGUCCGAAGAUCGAAAAGUCUUUCAUUGCGGACUUUGGCAAAGCGGCAGACUUUUGCUAUAAUCCUGAGCUGAUGCAAUACCAUCACUCGCUACUGCUUGACCAUGCUGCUGGGGCAGCUCCGCUUGUGCCCAGCGUGGCGGCCUGUCGGGCGGUACAUAAUGCUGAUAUCGUCGGGGUACCCCUUGACGGCGUUCACGAGACCGUAGCUCUGGUACCCUGGGAGGAAAAGCCGCUGAAGAAGGUGUUCUGGCGCGGAUCAGCGACCGGCCUGUUCCACAGUAAAGACACACCGUGGCGGCAAUCCCAGCGCGAGCGUCUGCACUGGUUCUCCAACAACGCAUCAGACGACAAAGUUUCCCUUCUCGUCGAUCGGGGAGCGGAUGGGGGUCUCGUCAAUGAGCAAUGGAAGGUGACGGAUUUGAACGAGGCCUGGCUGGAUGUCGGGAUCAGCGGGAAGCCAAAUCAGUGCAGUAAGGAGGAUGGGAGCUGCGAUGAGAUGGCUCGGGAAAUCGACUUUAUGGGAUUGGUCAGGAAGGAGGAUGCCACGAAAUACAAAUUCGUCAUCGAUGUCGAUGGUAAUGGCUGGAGUUCGCGGUUCAGGCGAUUAUUAGCAGGAAACAAUGUCGUCUUAAAGAGCACACUAUACCCCGAAUGGCACAGCGAGAUGCUGAUUCCGUGGUAUCACUACGUCCCGCUCAAGCUGGACUACACUGACAUGUACGACAUACUGGCCUUCUUCAUGGGUGCACCGGAUGGAUCAACGCCGGGGCGGGACGAUCUCGCCGAGGAGAUAGCAGCAAAUGGGUUGCGCUUCACCGAGGAGAGAUGGAGGAUGAGCGACAUGCGGUCGUAUACCUACCUCCUCAUCCUCGAGUUCUGGCGUAUGAUAUCGGAUGAUAGGAAGAAGGCGUCAUAUCAUACAGAGGGGGAGGAGUAG